AUGAGAUUCUCCAUCAUCGCCGCUUCUUUCAUCGCCGCUGUGGCCGCCCAGUCCAGCGCUGUCGUCGACGAGACCUGCUCGGCUAUCAGCACCAUCACCGUGACUGCAACCAUCACGGCCUACCCCUCGCACACGCCCUCCGCCCCCGGCUCCCUCACCGUCCCCUACCUCACCAGCGCCGUCUCCGUGCCCCUCGGCGGCACCGCCGCGCCCUACCCGUCCGUCGCUGUUUCCGUCCCCGCGGGCGGCGUCGCGAGCCCCGUUCCCUCUGGCACUGCGGCCGCGUCCGGUACGGGUUCGUACUCGGCUCCUACGUCGGAGUUUACGGGUGCGGCUAGUGGGUUGAAGGUCGGUGCUGCGGCUUUUGCGGGUGUUGUUGCUAUGAUGUUGUAG